UUUUAUUGGGUGGAAUUAAGUUUGGGUUUGAGCAGAAAAUGAAAGUGAAAGUGAAAUUGAAAUGAGACUUGGAUUCCUCUUCUUGCCUUCCACCCUUUCUUCUUCUUCUUCUUCUUCUUCGUCAGUAGUAGUUGGAUCCUCCAUUUCUCGGUCCAUCGUACGACCUGCACCCUCGCUCCUGCUCCAUCGUCCUUUUCACUUCAUCCCAAAUCGUACAACCAGUAACAGCAACGGAUUCCAAUUUCCAGCACGUACAACCCUCGCUGCAUCAGCUUCUUCCAUGGCUUCCUCUUUCAAGACCGAACAAGCUAGGGUUCCUCCUGCUCUCCAAUUGCCCUCUCCCUCCAUUACUAAGUUUAAGAUUGGGUUAUGUCAGUUAGCGGUGACAGCAGAUAAGGAAAGGAAUAUUGUUCAUGCGCGAGCAGCAAUUGAGGAAGCUGCUGAGAAGGGGGCUAAGCUUGUUGUUUUGCCUGAAAUAUGGAAUAGUCCAUAUUCAAAUGAUAGCUUCCCAAUUUAUGCUGAAGACAUUGAUGCUGGUCCUGAUGCGUCUUCCUCAACUGCCAUGCUCUCUGAAGUAGCUCGACUUUUGAAGAUUACAAUAGUGGGAGGCUCUAUACCUGAACGCUGUGGGGACAAGUUGUAUAAUACUUGCUGUGUCUUUGAUGCUGAUGGAAAGUUGAAAGCUAAGCACAGAAAGAUACAUCUUUUUGACAUUGAUAUUCCUGGUAAAAUAACCUUUAAGGAAUCACAGACGCUUACAGCAGGAGAGACUCCAACUGUUGUGGAUACAGGGGCUCACCUGAUCUGCUAUCCUGGGGCGUUCAACAUGACUACUGGACCACUGCACUGGGAGUUACUGCAAAGGGCAAGGGCAGUUGAUAAUCAGCUAUAUGUUGCAACAUGUGCACCUGCUCGAGACGCUGGUGGUGGAUAUGUGGCUUGGGGCCAUUCCACACUAAUUGGACCAUUUGGAGAAGUGCUGGCUACAACUGAACAUGACGAGGCAAUAGUCAUCUCGGAGAUUGACUAUUCACAAAUUGAGCUGAGGAGGACAAACCUUCCAUUAGAGAAGCAAAGACGAGGUGAUCUUUACCAGUUGGUAGAUGUACAGAGGUCGAGUUCUCAGUAACGCUACUUAUAUGAAAUAAGGAGUCUAAUGUUAGUACAGAGGCGGAAUUCCCAGAACUGAAAGUCCAUUCAACAGAAAUUGGGAUCAGAUCUUGAAAAUAAGAGGAUUGUCCAUUCUUCAGUAGUGGUUGAUGUUCAGCAUUCUAAUCAAUCAUCCUUAAUCUUAUCUCCAAGUUUUGGUUUGCAAAUUGCAACAUAAUCUUGUGCUGAAGGUGGAUUUAAUGCCUAAACGAGAAUGAAACUAUGUUCAAUAAGGGAAUACUGCUGCCUGCAACUGUUUAUCUAUCACACUGGUGAUUGUUCUGUUUUUGGUCUUCUAUCAACAUCAAUCUCCCUAAAAAAAGCCACAGGCCGAGUUGUUUUAUAAACAGGAAGUUAAGAUGAAAAGGAAACUUGUUCCUGAACUUGGAACAGUUAAUAAUCUCCAGGAAACAUGUGCUAUUCAGGAGAUGUAACAAUAGUAUUGUACUACGGACAUCAGUGACCCUACUUGCUGGAACAUUUCAUCUUGCACACUCUAUUGAGCUAUCACAGCUUUAGAAACUUCAACUUUGACCAUAUGGAGUGUGAUUUGUUCAUUUAUUUGGGGUUGAUGUCUUCUCCAAGUGGAUUAGUUCUAAAAAUAUCCAUGAAACAGCUGUCAUUUUCGACAUUAGUUUGAAAUUAUGAAGCAGAUCCUUUUAAAUGGGGGUGGACGUCACAUACUUGCACACACUUCUCCUUUAGGCAUCAUAUAUACUGAUUGCACUCUCUAUCAAGAUGUUUUCAUGCUCUUUGUCUAGAGGUGUUUUUGGAUUUUUUUCCCCUCCACUUUAGGCCUGUCGGCCCAAGUUAACUAUGAGCCCCAACUGUGAUACACAAAAUAUGUUGAUUAAAUAUGUAAUAUGUAUAUUUGUACUUAAUAAAGAAUUACCGGUUAUUAGUU